GAAAUAAAUCGAAACUAAGGCUCCCCAUUACCGAAAUUAACAAACAUCAGGGUGUACAUUGAUGUAUCUUAGAAACAAAAGGACCAUAUAUGGAAAUCUAGAGCCCACGACAGUAGUAAUCCAACCCCGUCACUCCCCCGCCCCUAUUCCCGUAGAAUUCCGAUCGGAUUCCGAACAGGAAUUUUAUUGAGAGCAGAACCCAGAAACAAAAAUGUUGACCCAAUUUGGGGCGACGGCGGACUCUUUGAGCAAGGCUUCGACGAUGAUGUUCCGGAUCGGCACCGACGCUCAUCUCUACGACGAUCCGGAUGAUGUCAGCAUCGCGCCACUCCUUGAUAGCAAGUUCGACUCCGAGAAAUGCGAAGCCCUCAAGCGUCUCCUCGCGCUUAUUGCUCAGGGGUUCGACGUGUCUAGUUACUUUCCUCAGGUGGUGAAGAAUGUGGCAUCACAGUCACUGGAAGUAAAGAAGCUUGUUUACUUGUACCUGCUGCAUUAUGCUGAAAAGCGACCGAAUGAAACAUUGCUGUCAAUAAAUUGUUUUCAAAAGGAUUUAGGGGAUCCGAACCCUUUGGUGAGGGCAUGGGCGCUCAGAACCAUGGCAGGGAUUCGGCUCCAUGUUAUUGCACCCCUUGUUUUGGUGGCUGUGGGAAAAUGUGCUCGAGAUCCCUCCAUAUAUGUUAGGAAAUGUGCUGCAACCGCGCUGCCCAAGUUGCACGAUUUGUGUUUGGAGGAACAGACAGCUGCAAUUGAAGAGCUUGUCGGAAUGUUGUUGAAAGACAACUCUCCUGGAGUAGUUGGUGCUGCUGCAGCUGCUUUUGCUUCCAUAUGUCCCUCUAAUUUCUCUGUGAUUGGCAGGAAUUACAAAAAAUUAUGCAAGACUCUUCCUGAUGUGGAAGAAUGGGGUCAGAUUGUCUUGAUUGGGAUUCUGCUACGAUAUGUAAUUGCAAAACAUGGGCUAGUCAGAGAAUCCCUAAUGUUAACCUCCGAUCCUUUGGUGAAGCAUAAUUCAGAAGGGGAAGAUUUGGAACCUCAUGUUGCUAUGAGAAAGCCCCUUCAUGAAACCAGCUUUGACAUAUGUACUGAGAUUGCAGAUAUGGUCUCCCGGAGUUACCUUGAAGGACCUGAUAAGCAUUUGUCUCAGUUGGGUCAUGUAAAUCGAGAUUCUCUUAGAUUGGAUGGCUCAUGCGUUACAUCUGCCAAAAGCAAUGAUGAUGUGAAGAUUUUGUUGCAGUGUACAUCACCAUUAUUAUGGAGUUAUAAUAGUGCUGUAGUGCUGGCUGCUGCUGGUGUUCACUGGAUUAUGGCGCCAAAGGAGGAUGUUCUAAAGAUUGUUAAGCCCUUAUUAUUUCUCCUUAGGUCAUCUAGUUCCUCAAAAUAUGUGGUCCUUUGCAACAUUCAGGUCUUUGCCAAAGCAAUGCCAUCUCUGUUUUGUCCAUAUUAUGAAGAUUUCUUCAUCAACUCUUUGGAUUCGUAUCAAAUAAAAGCUCUGAAGCUUGAAAUACUUUCCUCUAUAGCAACAUACUCUUCAAUUUCCUCAAUUCUUCUGGAGUUUCAGGAUUAUAUUAGAGAUCCAGACAGGAGGUUUGCAGCUGAUACUGUGGCUGCGAUUGGCUUAUGUGCACAAAGACUCCCUGACGUUGCGCAUACAUGUUUGGAAGGGCUCUUGUUUCUUGCUUUGUCUGAAUCUUCAGAUGGGGAUGCUGCAUCAUUGGGUGAAGAAGAAAUUGUAUUGGUUCAAGUAAUUAAGUCAAUCAAGGCAAUCAUAGAAAAGGAUCCUCCCAGUCAUGAAAGAGUAAUUGUUCUCUUGCUCCGGAGCUUGGAUUCAAUGCGUGCACCAGCAGCCCGUGCUAUGAUUAUAUGGAUGAUGGGUGAGUACAGCUACAUGGGGGUCCUCAUUUCAAAGAUGAUUCCCACAAUACUUAAGUAUCUUGCUCGACGCUUUACUUUGGAGGCGGUUGAAACAAAGCUCCAGAUUAUCAAUGCCUGCAUUAAGGUCCUACUACAUAUCAAAGGGGAAAAUAUGUCUGAACUGCAAAUAAUUGUAGGCUAUGUGCUUGAACUAGCUAACUCUGACUUGAAUUAUGAUAUUCGUGACCGUGCUCGUUUUCUGAAGAAUUUUCUGUCACACUGUAUGAGAUCUCAUGAUGUGGAAGAAGUAAAGGACCAAAAGGAAUACAAAGACCUGACACACGUUCUUGCUGAGUACAUAUUUGGGGGACAAAGAAAAGUACAGUCCGAACCAUUUAGUUAUCGAUUUUAUCUUCCUGGUUCUCUUUCACAGAUAGUACUCCAUGCAGCUCCAGGAUAUGAACCCCUCCCAGAACCUUGUAGUUUGAUUGAUGAAAGUCAUUUCCCAAGUCAUGUGGAAGGAACAACGAUAAUGGAAGAUAGAGCUAUUGAUAGUGAAACAAAUGAUAUUGAUGAUUCUGAUGCAAUGUCAGGAUCUCUGGAAGAAGAAAACACAACCGAUUACAGUUCUCAAGCUUCUGUUAGUGGUUCAAGUGGUGGUGGUGGCAGUUAUAAUGGUGCAUCUGAUACUGAUGGAGAUGAAGAAGCUGGUGCAUUAAUCAAUCUUUCAGAUGGUGCUCCCACUUCGAGAAAUCAUAUUAAAGAUUCAGAAGAGAAUAGUGCCUCUGGCUUUACUGAUUUUGGCGAGUUAAUGUCCAAUAGAGCUCUUGAGUCGUGGUUGAACGAAAAUCCUGGUUCAAGCCAGAAUUUUUAUGAUGUCAGUCAUGCUCAGAGAUCCUUAGCCAGAAUCUCAAUUAAGGACAUUGCUCAGCUGGUGAAACCAAAGUCAUAUACACUUCUAGAUCCUGCAAAUGGAAAAGGGUUAAGUGUAGAUUACAGAUUUUCGUCUGAGGUGUCGAGCAUAUCGCCACAAUUUGUCUGUUUACAGGUUUCCUUUAGGAACUACACAACAGAGCCUAUGUCAAAUAUAUUUCUUUCUGAAGAGGAAGCUGACCAGGGUCCAGAUUCGUUUGGAAAAUCAGUGUCAUCAAGUGAAAGUUUCUCCGUGUCUCAUGGUGAAGCAGCAACACUGGUUUCCAUGGAAGAGAUAAGUAGCCUUGCUCCUGGUCAGACAACAAAUAGAAUCCUCCACAUUCGUUUUGAACAUCAUCUGUUGCCUUUGAAGCUGGUUUUAUGGUGUGAUGGCAGAAAGCAACCAGUGAAGUUACGACCUGAUAUCGGUUACUUCAUUAAACCUCUUCCUAUGGAUAUUGAAGCAUUUUCAAAGAAGGAAUCUCAACUUCCUGGGAUGUUUGAGUACAUAAGAAGGUGUACCUUUACUGAUCAUAUUAGCCAGCCAAAUGAUAAAAAAGAUGAGCAGCACUCACAGAUAACAGACAUUUUUCUAAUGAUAUGUGAGAAAUUGGCGUUAAAGAUGCUUAACAAUGCAAAUUUGUUUCUUGUAUCCGUAGACAUGCCUGUGGCUGCUAACCUCAAUGACUUAUCUGGUUUGUGCUUACGCUUAAGUGGUGAGAUAUUGAGCAACUCUAUUCCUUGUCUCAUCACACUUACCCUCAAAGGUACUUGCUCUGAACCACUUGAGGUAUCGGUGAAAAUGAACUGUGAAGAAACAGUAUUUGGUUUAAAUCUGUUAAAUAGGAUUGUGAAUUUCUUGGCCGAGCCAGCCCCCUGAUGUUUCAGUUUUGGAGAAAAUCAGGUUUUAUUAUACUAAUCCAUGAUGUUUUUCUACAUAUAUAUCCUUGCUGUAAGCUAUUUCUUUCUUUCCUAUUGUAUUGCAAAAUUUUCUAAUCUUACAUCCUCCUCUCUGCAAAUGUAGAGAUCUUUAGAGCGACUUCUUGUAGAUGGUGGUCAGAGACAUGAUGAAAGGAAAUUUAUUUUUUUACUUUCAGAUAUUGUGGUUCUAUGAUUAUGUAUCUGUAUGUAUGUAUACUCGGUGUACGGAGUGUAAAUCAGUAAAUGUGAAACAUUAAAGAUUGACUUUUUA